AUGCCCUUCAAAUUCAAAUACCUCGUUGAACUUCUUGAAGACCUUGAUACAGCCCGCAAACAAGCACAGUCUUCCUCAACACGGCCCUGCACGCCAGUGCAUGAACUCAUCAUCCACUGGUUCCGUGGUCAUGAUUCCGAAAUCAUCCGACAUGGACCCUCUGCUGUGGCAUUCCUCUCUUGCUUGCUGUUGGACCGAGUUCCACACCUUGUUUACGGCUUGCGGGAGAAAUCGUUAGCCGAUGUAUUGUGCAAGGCACUGUUCAUCGAGAACACAACCCGUGGCCGCCAGUUACAUGGAUGGAAAGCGACUGGCCUCGACUUUGCAACCUGCCUCGAGAAACAUGUCAUGGCCCUUGCCGAGAAUGAUCCACCGGCUCCCCAUAGAGAGGUAACACUGGAAGAGAUUGAUGUUGUUUUACGGCAGCUUGCUGCAAAUUCCAGGUUUGCUUCCCCCGAAAUGAAAAGACACAGAGAUGGAGUCAAGCCUGAGGUCCUGCUACGGUCCAUUCUAUCGCGGCUGUGCAGCAAAGAGGCCAAAUGGUUUGUGCGGAUGAUCCAGAAAUCCUACGAUCCCGUCCAGAUUCCAGAACACCUGGUCCUAGGAUGCUUUCACUUCUUGCUGCCUGAUGUUCUCCCUUUUCAGAACUCUCUCGAGGAAGCGAUCAAAUUCCUAGAGAAGCCUGAAUUGAACUCCAUUCCUCACCACCCACCAAGCCUUUUGCAACGUCAAUAUCGACGAGAAUGCGCCCUGCACCUAACACCCAAGCUUGGAGUCAUGAUCAAGCGGCAGGAGUAUGCAAGGGCACGAAGUAUUAGGCACUGCUGUCAGAUGGCGAACACAAGGACUAUGAGUGUUGAGCGGAAGUAUGACGGUUGGUACUGCCAGGUCCAUAUUGACAAGUCAAAAGGCAAAGAUUGUAUACAGCUCUUCUCCAAAAGUGGUAAAGACUCAACAAAACCCUGGGUCCGGCUUCAUGGAGCUCUCGAGGCCGGUCUACGCCUUAGUGAAGCAGACUGUGCUAUCACUCAGAACUGUAUAGUUGAAGGCGAAAUGCUGGUCUGGAGCCGUUCGCGGAAAGCCAUUUUACCUUUCGAAAAGAUCCGGAAAUAUAUCAAAUACGGUGGCAGAGCCAUAGGCGCAGCUGCCGAUUCCCCACGAUCGUCAGACGAACAAUUGAUGGUCAUUUUCUAUGACUGUCUGUGGCACGACAACCACAACUUGGUCAUUGAGCCUCACCAUAGACGAAGGCAACGAUUGGAGCAGAUUGUCAGUGUCACUGAAGGUGUCGCUCAGCUUGGUGACCGUCGGGAGAUCAGAUUCGGCUCGAUAAGUGCGAAGGAGGAACUGCAAAAGUUCUUCGGCUAUGCGAUUGAACAAAGGUGGGAAGGAUUGGUGCUGAAGGGUCGCCGCGAUUCCUAUCUCUCACCCAGUUGGAACACCAAUGCGAUCAAGCUGAAAAAGGACUAUAUCAAGGGACUUGGCGACGCGGCCGAUCUCUGCAUCGUCGGCGGCCGCAGAGAUGCGGUCGAAGCAGAAAAGUAUGGUGGGUCGAUCAAUUGGACGAUGUUCUAUGUCGCUUGCCUCACGAAUAAGGAAGCCGUGCAAACAUUCGGAAUCAGGCCAGAAUUUCUGAUCCUGGACAUCCUUAGUCGUCAGACCAUGUCGGAAGACACAUUCCGGGAGCUGAAUCAACGUGGCUUGGGGUUCUGCUUGCCCGUUACUGAAUUGACGGAGCAGAUGAAUGUCAAAAUCGACCAGCCGAAUAUCCGACGUCAACCUCCCACUGCCUAUUUCACAAAGCCAUUGGUUGUUGAAGUCACUGGAGCAGCAUUUACCAAACCCUCAGAUGUUGCCUAUUACACUCUGCGCUUUCCUCGUGAUGUCAAGUUGCACUUUGGUCGCCCUCUGACGGAGACUCAUAGCUUCGAGGAGCUACAGGAGAUGGCAAAGGACAGCCUCACCCCUGCACAUCCCGAAGAGCAGGAGGAAGUCGAUUGGAUCAUGCGUUUGACCGAGGCUGACGGAAAGCGAAACCAGUGUGUCGACCUCCAUGCCGGAGGCACGCCGAGUCCUUCGCGCGGGUCAGUUGCCAGCAUCAGCAUGUGUGAGUCGUCCCUUUUGGCUGGUAGCCGCGUAGACCCGACGGGUACUCUUAUAUGCCCGCCACAACCGCCUCCAAGCAAUGGUGCUGUUUUUGUUACGCACAGUGACACACUGAGCCAGAAGGAUGUUAGCACUUGUCGAUUAUCUCCAAUUCUACCAUCGGCGAGUCGUGUUGAGCUCGCCAAUGAGUCCGUGACACUGCCAAUGACAGCACAACAUGCCUUUGGUCCUGAAUUGGGCAUGAAGCGUAAAUAUGAGGGUUCCAACUUGCAAACAGCGGCCAACAAACGACCAAGGAAGGAUGCCACAAGGAGACUCCUUGUUCCCUGGGAAUCCUCCCUUCGAACCCAGACUCCUUCUGUUCAUCCUCAUAAGCCUCCAGCUAUAUUUCAAUCCCCAACCAAAAGAAUGGACCAGCGAUCUUCAGCUUCUGUCGAACGACAACCUCUUGGUGAACUGAAGAACGUCCGUGUCAAACAUGGGUUAGGAAAGCAUACUACCACUCUAGCUGAGUCUGUUGAUCACGGCGAGAUCGAACCUGAAACGACUGUCGGGAAGUCUCUGGAAACCAGGAGUUCCGCAACUCAUCCACAGAGCCGAUCCCGGGCCAGUUCAGCUUGCAGCUUGGACGAUAUCAUCCUGACCGUUCUGUCGUCUUCCGCGCUGUCGCUGCAGGAGAUCAAGUCGGUGAAUUGGGUGACAAUGGUCUUUGUUCAGCUUGUCGAUAAGGCGAACUCGACGGUAGUUCGUAACCCCACAUACGAAACCGCAAAGGCAGUGCUGAAAGAGUACAAGAGGCGCCGCAAUGCCGAACGAGAAUGGCUGAUCGAACGCUGUGACGGAGACCCAAACCAACCGCAACCUCAGCCGCAGCAGCAGCCGCCGUCGCAGCGAAGGAUGAUUCUAUUCUAUGACGAAAAGAUCCGAUCCUUUUUCUCGAACUCUUUGUCAAAUAUCCUCAAAGGAGCAGGCGACAUAUUGCUGAAGCAGCAAGUCAGGAAAUAUUUCGCGGGAGCCCUGCUUAUAAAUGUUCGCGAGGAUAGAGAGGGAGUCGUUUCCAGGGCUAUUUGGAGUUGGCGCGAGUCUGUUCGACUUUUGGAUGAGCUGCAGUCGUGA